UCUAUGGGUUGGAUCUUGUGCCGUGGGCAUCUCCAGACACAAACACUUCCUGAAUCGCAGCGGUCACAUCAAAUCUUCUCUGCUCCAGAGCUUUUAAAGGAAAAACAUUUUUAACUGAGUUUGAAUGGAAAAUGGACAGUGCGUUUGCGUUUCCCCCGAUGCAGGGUGGACUAACCUCUAAUGACCUCUGAUGACCUGUGCUGACCCUCACACCUCUCCUUCAAGAUCGACAGUCUGCAUAUAAAGUCAUGGACAGUUCAAAUGACAGCAAGAAGGCGGAGCCCAGAGUCAAUGAGAAGAAAUGCUCAUGGGCGUCAUACAUGACCAACUCGCCCACCGUGAUCGUAUUAAUCGGCCUUCCUGCCAGAGGAAAGACGUACAUAUCGAAGAAGCUGACGCGCUACCUCAACUGGAUCGGGGUUCCUACAAAAGUUUUUAACCUGGGCGUUUAUAGACGUGAGGCAGUACAGUCCUACAAGUCUUACGAUUUCUUCCGCCACGACAAUGAAGAGGCCAUGAAAAUCAGGAAACAGUGUGCAAUCGUGGCUCUAGAGGAUGUGAAGUCGUAUCUGAAUGAGGAAGGAGGGCAGAUCGCUGUUUUUGAUGCCACAAACACAACCAGAGAGAGAAGGAACCUCAUCCUGAGUUUUGCGCAGGAGAACUCGUAUAAGGUGUUUUUUGUCGAGUCACUUUGUGAUGACCCAGAAGUCAUUGCUGCCAACAUACUGGAUGUGAAGGUUUCCAGUCCUGAUUAUCCUGAGAGACACAGAGAGAGCGUGAUGGAGGAUUUCCUGAAGAGAAUCGAGUGCUACAAAGUCACAUAUCAGCCGUUAGACCCAGAUGAACAUGACAAGGACUUGUCCUUCAUCCAGGUGAUUAACGUGGGUCAGCGUUUCCUGGUGAACCGUGUUCAGGAUUAUAUCCAGAGUAAGAUUGUCUACUACCUCAUGAAUAUUCACGUUCAGAAACACUCCAUCUACCUCUGCCGCCAUGGCGAGAGCCAACACAACGUCCAGGGCUGCAUCGGCGGAGACUCGGAGCUCUCCACCAGAGGAAAAGAGUUUUCUAAAGCCCUGCGUGGGUUCCUGGAAAACCAGAAGAUCCCAGACCUGAAGGUGUGGACCAGUCAGCUCAGACGCACCAUCCAGACGGCGGAGGAGUUGGGCGUCCCGUAUGAGCAGUGGAAAAUACUCAACGAGAUUGACGCUGGCAUUUGUGAGGAAAUGACAUAUGAAAAGAUUAAGGAAACGUACCCGGAUGAAUAUUCCCUCAGAGACCAGGACAAAUACCAUUACAGAUACCCAGGAGGAGAGUCAUAUCAGGACCUGGUGCAGCGGUUGGAGCCGGUUAUCAUGGAGCUGGAGAGACAAGGUAAUGUGCUGGUCAUCUGCCACCAGGCCGUCAUGCGCUGCCUCCUCGCCUACUUCCUGGACAAGAGCGCAGAUGAUUUGCCGUAUCUGAAGUGUCCCCUCCAUGCAGUCCUGAAGCUGACCCCAGUGGCUUAUGGCUGUAAAGUUGACAUGUUUGACCUGAAAGUGGAAGCUGUAAACACACACCAGGACAGACCGCUCAGAAGCACCAGACAAGAAUUGCCACCAACUCUGCUGAGGAGAAACAGCUUUACGCCACUGUCAAGUCAGGAUCAAGUCAAGCGGCCCCGCCUCUUCAGCGUUGGCAACCCGCCCCGGAUAGCAAGCGUUCCUGCCUUAUCUACCAAACGAUUCCCAGAGGCACAGAGGAACGAGGAACUGAAUGAGAGCCGGGAAAUACUCAACUGCUUCAGACCGGCCGACUCCAUCCAAGAGUGAGAACACAAACCACAAGUUGUGUGACACCCGUCACAAAUUAAAUGCAUUCAAAGGUUUUCUCCAGACAUGAUCCAACUCCAGACGCCUGCUCAAAAUUGGCAUCAUGAACGCUGCUUUAUGUAACACACAUGAGCGAACGACAGCUUCAUCCAUCCGUCCUUCUCAAGCUUCAUCCACCCACAAGCGCCCACAAGGACGGUAAAAUCCCAACAGCUACAAUUAGAAGUUAUUGAUUGAAAUCCUUAAUUAAUGCAAGGAGAUUCACUCCCACUGUUGAACAGAUUGACAACUUGUGGGGCCAAUUAGAGCACAGUUGAACUGAUUGAGUGGGCGUGUCUUGUGUCAGUUAAGCUGAUUGGCCCUUCAGGAUCAGAAUCUUUAAAGACAGAGCACUUCCUGAAAUGGAUCUAGAUGGGAACGUUCAAGCACUCUUUUUGUUGUCGUAGCAUAUAUUUUGCGCCGUCUUCUUCUUAAUAAUGCCUUAGUUUUGUGUCUGAUUUGACUGGAUAAUCGUGUAAAAAAUUUGGCAUAAUUUUAGCUGUUAAUUGGUAUGUUCUGCUUUGUUAUGGUUUUGAUGUUGUGCAGAAUGUUUUGUUGAAUAUAAUGAAUGUGAAGUUGAAUGUUUUAUUGAAUAUAAUGAAUGUGAAAUGUAGAAAAGUUUGUGAAAUUUAUGUUCCGCCGGUUUUUCUCCCAUCAAACUUUCUAUAAUUUUUAUAGAGGAACAUCAGGGUAGUUAUUUUAAUAGAAAAGCAGGUUGUUUUAGUUGUUAUAAAUAAUUGAUAUGCAAGGAAAACUUCAUUCAAUCUUGAACGAAUGUGUCCUUUCAUACGCACAGAAUUGGUAAAUAUAGUUAUCUUGAGUUUUUAGUUUUUCAAAUGGAUCUGUAAGAACAUUUAAAUCUACUGAGAAUAUGGCAAGCCAUACUGUUAUAUUAGUUUUCAUGUUUAAUGUUAUUUAGAUUUAUCAUUUGUUAUGAAAAGAUAUUUAUACAUGCUGAUAUUUUGCCUCAUAUCUGGAAGGAUGUUCUUAAAGGAUAUUGUAAAAUAUUUUAUAAUUAUUAUGUUUUAUAAUUUGAGUUUAUGUGGUCUAAUUUUUGGAUGCAUGAAGUAUGUUCUUAAAGUGCUUAAUAUGUGUUGAAUGUUCUGAUAGCCUGUUAAGAUCAUGGUUCUAUCAAGAGUCAUAGAAAGUGGCUGCAUUGUUGUAGCUUUUUGCAGCUUAUUAUUGCAAAUAUAAAUGUGUUGGCAUGAUUGGAUAUUAUCCGAUUUGUAAGUGCCUUUGCUUCGCAACCAAAGUGUAACCAAUCAAAGUCUAAACAACACAACAGAUCUCUGAGUCAGACUGCAGAUUCUUGAACGCAAAAAGACACAUUUACCUCAGAGCUGAGUCUUUUAUUUUAAUGUAAUAGUGUUACAGAAAAUAAGUUUUGCGUUCUGGUUUCAUUGUGACAUGAUAGCAUUACAAUAUCAAUAUCUGUGGUGACUAUGUAAGGUCAUGCUAAUCUAUUGAUAAAACUUUUGUGACUUAAUAAACCAGUCUGUGAUGCAAAUA